AUGAGCACAGCAGUCGCAAUGGCUCCCUCUCCAGCCCCUCACGACAGACCGUCGUUUUCUUCAGAUCUCGCCCCCGCGCCCUCCGCGCAGCAUGCAGUUUCUUCACCCGCCGCACAAAGGACUCUCGCUCCCACAGGCACCCCCAAUGCAACUGCGCAUCGUUCAGGCAGCGGCAGCCCUCGUGGUGCCGCACAGGCUCCCAAGUCCUCUCCUCCCAGCGCUUCGCGAAGCGGCGGCCCUCCGAAGAUUGUUGUGAAAAAGGAGCCCAACUCUCCAGACCUGCCAAACACUCGUCACAGGCCUCGCAAGCUCGACCUUUCCAAGGGCGCGCACCCGGGGUCUAAUGCUCCCCAGACCGCAAGGCCCAUGACUGCCCGUGAGAACUUGGGCAUUCAGGAGGUUGGCCUGGCCUGUCUCUCGCCUGGUUUCGUCACCCAGGACCCGAUCAUGAAGGAACAGCUCCAGCGAAGCAUGAGCGUGAGAGACCAACAGCGCAUGAUCAUUGAGCAGAGAAUGCAGCAGCAGUCGGCCAAGGGCGAUGGCCCCGAUACUGCCGGCAAGGAUCCCGUAUCGCAGUUUGCUGCCAAGACCCCUGGAUUGUCCCGCAGGAACAAGGCCCAGCUCUCCAUCCUGCCGCCAUCUGCUGAGCAGUUCGCCAACGAGCGCGUUAUCCAGUCUGCGCCCCUGGGCCACUCCUUCACCGGUCGCCAGCACCCUGCUCCUUUGACUCGCCACAUCGCAAACCAACCCAACACUCUCUCCAACACAUCUCAUAUCCACCAUGUUCCCGCAAACCAGACUAACAACCGCCUACCGCCUAUCAGUGAUGUCUUUGGUCAAGUCUCCGGCCAUCCUGAGAACGCCCCCAACUCUCUGUACCCCCAGAACAGCGCACGCGCUCCGCUAGCCUCUCCUGGCCACCCCCCGCAGCAAAUGCAGCAACCUCCGACUUCUGCUCGCACCAGGGAGUACAAGUCCGCCGAGGAGGCACAACACGAGAUGACUGGAGGACGUCCUGAGCUUCUGCCCAAGAUCGUACACUACGGCGGCGCUCACCAACCACCAACCCCGCCAUCUCCUGCGCCCGGCAGCAGAGCGGCAGAUCCAAGCCGCAGCACAAGCCGUCGCCGCACACGAGCAGAGUACGAGGACGGCAGUCCCCCUCUUGGACACGGCCCUGCGUCACAAAGGAGAGGUCCUUUCGGAGCGGGCCGUGACACCCCUGAGACCCAGAGACAGAAGCGGGAGGAAUUCCUGCGGUUAUGCGAGAGAGCCUGGGACUUGUUCCACUCUUAA